GGUGUCUGCAUGCAGCCCAUGUGUUGUGGCAGAGCUGAACUUCCUCGUCUUGCAGAAGAAGGAGGAUAGAGGCGUGACGUCGCUGCCCGCAGAGAGGCCCGUACGGCAGGAGGAGAGAGGCAGGGACGAGCCGUGCGGGGACGGACGCUGCUGGUGCUGCAGAGCAGACUGCUGCGAAACACGGGAGCAGUCAGGGCACUAAACACCCGGCAACCACGGAAACUUUGCAGAGGCUACAGACAGCCAUAAUGCGGCACCGCCCGCCGACCCCGGAGCUGAUGUGACUGUGCACACCCAGAGCAGGGAGGAAGCGGCGGACACCACCACCACCUCUCCCCGGUUUGCCUCGCCUCGUCACGGUGUGCGCGGCAGGACGGUCGGUCGGUCUGUCUGUCUGGAGGGGGACAUGUCCUCGCUAACCGUCGAGGAGGACCAGAAAUGGACACCGACACACGUUCAGGUGACGGUGCUGAGAGGCAGGAGCUUACGGGGCAAGGGCAAGCAAGGCACCAGCGACGCGUACACCAUCAUCCAGCUGGGGAAGGAGAAAUACUCGACCUGCGUGGUGGAGAAGACCACCGAGCCGGAGUGGAGGGAGGAGUGCUCGUUUGAGCUGCAGCCCGGCGUGCUGGAGAGCGGCUGCCCGGCCGGGAGCAACGAGCUGGUCCUCACCGUCAUGCACCGGGCGCUCGCGAUGGACGUGUUCCUCGGCCAGGCGGUGAUCCAGCUGGAUAAGGUCUUUCAUGAGACUAGAUAUGUGAAAAACGAGUGGUACAGGCUCAACUCUAAGACGGGGAAGAAAGAGAAGGAACGAGGAGACAUUCAAGUCAGUGUCCAGUUCACCCGAAACAACCUGACAGCCAGCAUGUAUGACCUCGUCAUGAAGGACAAGGGCGCCUCCACCUUCGGAAAGCUGAAAGAGCGCAUAAGGGGGAAGAAGAGAUCCAAUGAGGAGGACUCGUCGUCUGCCGUUUUACCAAGUGGUUACGGGUCCCUUGUCCGGAUGCGGCAACGGCUGCCGAGCGAUGGGGGUGGGGAGGAGGAUUACGAGGAUGACGAGGGGGGCGAGGCCCGGCGGAGCAAGAUGAGGACAUUCUUCCUGAGAGGGAAGCUGAGGAAGUCAUCAGACACUCGUUCCAGCACAUCACUAGGCUCGGAGAGCAGCGAGUCAUCAUCACGGGGUGGGAGCCUGAGCCCCACGGCCGGCAUCAGUGUGGUGGUCUCUGACCUCUCCAACUCACCUAGUAACAGCAGCAACCUGACAGUCGAUAACAGCCCAGAGCACACGGCAAACACGUCACCUAGGUCGUCUUCUCUCAAAUGUGAGUUUGGUGAUGAGGCCGGUGAGAUCACCAUCGCAGUGCCUCAGCCCACUGUGUGCGUUAAUGGAAGCCAUGCUUACAAAGUCCAGCCCCUGGACCCAGGCUCAGGAAAACCUGCAAAUUCUUUAGGCCUGGGAGUGUUGCAGAAGUCUAUGCCCCUGUCCAUGUCUCUACAGAACGUCAGUCUGCGGCCAUCCACAGACCUCCUCAAAAGUCCUGUUGGUGAUGGCCGCCGCUGGUCUUUUGACAAGCCUGACGAGGAGGAGAAGGCAGCCAUAGUGGCGGCCUUGGAGCAAAGCGGCCCAAUGCUGUGUCAAGAAGAGGAGUGGUUGGGACAGGUUGCUUUGCCCAAAGCUGGCUCCUCCUCCACGGCAGAGUCAGAAAGCUGGGGGAAAAAGCAGAGGAGGAACUUGUUCUCCCAUGGGAGGAGUGAGUCUGCAGGGAAAGGGCAGAAUCAGUCCAAGGAUGAGUCUGAACAAGCCUCCGCUGCCACUGAGGAGAAACACAAGGGGUGGUUUGGAUCAAAGGACUCGCACAGCAAACCCAGCCUGGUGGUGUCACCUAAACUAGAGCCCAGCAUUAACCCCCACCCACCACCCCUCACAACUAGUCACCCCCUUUCAGGUCCCUCUGUAGAUCCUGGCUCUCUGGUGUCUCCACUGCAUCACACUAACCCCUUCUGCCACUCACAGACCACAUCACCUCCCAUAUCCCGCUGCAACCCUUUCUUCUCUCUCCUCCAGCACAACCCUUUCUAUAAAGACAUGCUAACCGCUCAGCCCCUAAAACCUUCACUGCCUCCUUUGCCCUAUCUCUCCAGUUCCCGGCCCCCCAUAGCUCAACUCUUUCCACAGGCAAGUAACCCUAACCCCAACCUGGCUCGCAACAAUCCAACCACAGAGGACUGCAUUAUUGGUAUAGACCCAAAGAGCGAAUUGAUGGCCAAAGAUAAGAAACAAAGUCUUUCUCCAGCUUCCACGGAAGGGGAUAAACCUUUAAGUGAGAAGUUUUCCAACCCUUUUAUGUCAGCUGGGGAGAUGGAACCGGAUUCAGAGUGGGAUGAAUCCUUUGAAGCAUUUGCAGCUGGUAGGCUGCAGUCUCCUGAGGAUCUGACCACAGAUUGCAAAACACAGCAAAACACACCCGGUGACCAUCCACUGGAACACUGCAUUAAUAAAGAAACAUUAUUACCCGUAACAGAUGGUGAUCAAAACACAAAUGUGAAUGAUACACUACAUCAUCAGCUUUGCACAGGAUUUGUAUCCGAAGCACAUAAAGCCAUCAUCCAGGUGACCAACACUAAUACAUAUCACUUUGACACAUUUGCACAACUCCUUGAGACGAUACCAGAGCACACAAGCUUUGAGGGUGACAACAUAACUUUAAAGAAUCACACUAAUUCUCCAAAACUGGCUGCUUGCACUGAAACUAAUCAAGCUAACAGUACUGCUAAUACAAAAGAUUUAAUCGACACUAAUAUGCAUCAAGCCCCCUGUCACACCUCAUUUGUAAAGCUCAACAGCAGCUCCUCUGAUCCUGGUUCUUCGGGUCUCGGGAGUUCAGCAGAAGAGGAUUUCCUCUCCUGUCUCUCUUCUUAUUCGGAAAAAUUCUCUGCAUCCUCCUCUGAGGAAGCUGAAGCACAGAACUUUGAAAGCAACAUCCUUGGCUUUGAGAAGUCCUCUGAGUCAGCUGUGAUAACACCUUUAAAGCCCUCAGAAUCUGAAAAUGACAUUACCGAGACGCCAAAUGAUUUGUCUUCAGUUGAUGCAACGCAGCACUGUGUUAUUCAGUACAGGGAUGGCGAUGAAAAGGUAGAUUUAAAUGGUUUGGAGGGGUCAUUGGCACCACAGUCCCCAGUGCUUGCACAUCAGCAGCCUGAAAUUGCUGCAAGAGAGACAGGACCUGAGGAUGCAGUUACUCAGGCACCAAAACUCUCAGAACUAAAGCCAAAAUCCAACGUUUCUUUAAAGUCUGACAAUGAAAAUAGAAAGAAAAGCAUUUCACAAGUGUUAAAUGAUUUCUCUACAUCCGGAAGUAACACUACAGAUGUGAUGACUUCAGAUGAUGAACUCUGCUCCACACACCCAUCAUUAUACAUCACAACUUCCUCCCCUGAGGUGAGGCAGAGUUCAUCGGACUCGCCCAUUCAGAGCGGUAGUUUAACAGGGCAGGAUAUGAGCCAGCGUUUGCCUAUACCCUUCAGGCCUUUUGAUAAUUUCCUCAACACCAGUCACAUUGCAAGCAGUCUUAGCCAAGACUUUGAAGACACACUGUUGCACACUCGGGCGUCUAAUCAGAGCACCAGCAGCUUUCUCCACAGUCUUUAUGUAAGUACCGACUCGCAGGAUUACCAAACCUGUGAGUCUCACCAAUCCUCCAAAUGUAGCGGCUCAGAGCCAAAUAAGACGUUACACUCUGCAAAUUCAAAGCUCUGUAGUGAGCUGAGUGGGAUUCAGACGACUGCUGAUGCUGCGUUGGGCCAAGAAGAUUCCACCAAUGCAUGCAAGACAUACAACAAAGGAAACAACCAAACAGACCAAUUUAAAGAGUCUCUCUGUGGAGGAACUCUAGAGCCAGGUAUCAUGAUAGGGGUUGACUUUGGUUUACUCCCUAUGGUAUCCUCAGACUCUUAUGUAAGUUGUAAUCCAAGGAAGCUCACUGAAGGAGGUGUGGAAGUUCAGCAUGUCAUCUUAGGUGACGUGUUCUCGAAAUGCCCUCAGGCACCAAAGGCUACACUACACCGCUCCCACUCUGAAGGCACACUGACACCUGCUGUUGACGAACUCCUCCUGUCCUCUUUUGGGAGUGAUCCUGGUGCGAUACAGGAGUCCUCUUCAGCUCAGCCUGGCCCUGAACUCCCCUCUCUGACCUCCUUUGCUUCCUAUCUAACUCCUGACAGUAGUAGCUCCCCUGUAGCGCUCUGUUCCCUCCCUCCCCUUGCCAAUGCUAUGCCGAGGUCACCACCCAACAAGGCACGAGCUGCGGCGCCAAAGCAAAUUCUUCAGGAGCCCCAGCAGCAGCAGGCAGCCAAUCAGCAGAACAGCCCCCACCCAGUGAAGCCCCUGACCACUGCCAUGCUGGCUGAAGAGAAGCGGACUGAGGGCCGGUCAGUGCUGGCCACCGGCCUGGAGAAGCUCAAGUCCACCAUCCACCCGGGGAGGAGCAGCCAGCUCAGCGAGCAGGAGACAGACAGGAAGAAGUCUCUGACAGAAGGAGCUGGCUCGUACUAUCACCUGACCCACAGUGAACUGGUCGCCCUGUUGGUGCAGCGGGAGGUGGACCUGGAGAGGCAGAAGGCAGAGUUUGAGCGUCAGAAAUGUUUGCUGGCCAAGCGGGAGGUGGAGCUGAAGAAGUUGAAGCCGCAGGUCAAAGAUCUGGAGGACUACAUUGACACGCUGCUGGUGCGCAUCAUGGAGCAGAAGCCCACUCUCCUGCAAGUGCGCUCCAAGUUAAAGUGACAAAGGGGGGAAAAGGGUUUGCAGUUCAGUCCGCAUCUGUUCACUCUAACCUCCACAACAGCUCUUUAGUCUUUUCACUGCUAUGCUGUCCUUUUUGAUACAAAUAUCUAGGCACUGAGAGAUGUUGAGGCGAUGUUUUCCAGACGGCAUGCUUUACUGUGCUGAAACGCGUCCUUGUCGAAGGGUUUGGUUCAGGUGGUUCUGAAUGUAGAGAGUCCUCAGGUUGUUUUCAGGUUCACACAGCCAGUUGGGUUUAAGUUCACAGGGGGAGCCCAGUGUGUUCAAGAUGCCCAGAUGCCUCCAUUUUGGGAUCCUGAUUGUAGAAACAUUGAUUCCUCGUUUUCACCUCACCUGUCACUUUUGUCACCUUAUCAAAAAAGACAGAAAUUGUAGAGUUUCAGUCCAUAACACUGUAUAUCCAACUAACUCCUCACAUACAUUUUCAAAGAUAUACAAGGUUCUGUAGGGAGAGGGGAGCUAACAAAAUGAAGGGCCACACUGGUGGUUUUGCACGUUUUGGCCCAUUAACUACAAAUAGUUUAAUACUUUAAAUCAGUGCUGACCAUCAAGUUUAGAUUGAUUUUCAUUUUAUACCUUCAAGGCAGCCAGUUCAUUAACAGUGCAGCAUGAGAAUCUACUUGAAACCCGCUGAAGACAAAGACAACAUUUUGACGCCUUUGUUUUUAUUUUGUAGUUGCAGUUGAGAGCAGGGACCCUUCUCAAAACAAAAACGCUCUGUUAUACAAGAUGUAAGAUUCAGUUGCCAGAAAGCAUUGCGCUCACAAGGUGUGAGAGAGGUGUCAAUCUUCUCAUCGAACUCUUGGCUAGAAGACAAAUAAGUAUAUUUCCCUAAAUGUGGAACUAUUCCUUUCACUGUAAUGAACUAAAACUAGUGGCUGCUUGGAAGAAAAUAAAUCCAUAAUAUUCAAGUAUGCAAUGGAAAAUAGUCUGCGUAAGUAUAAACAAUAUUUGGUUAAUGAGGUAAAUUCAUGCAAAACUGCCUGUAUGUUUACAGUAAUGUACUUCUGUAAUGACCUACACCUCUGAUUGGCAUCACUUUUUUUCAGAUAGUGUAUAACUUGUUUUGGAUUGACACUCUACAAAUGUUCCCUUAUAAAUUUCGAGUGCUCUGACUAGUUUUUGAAAAUACAAACCAAACAAGCGGAGUGAGAGUUCAGCCAUGUAACGUGCACGUUACUGGGAACUGAUUGUAGCUUACGAAUGUUCAAAAGUGUUCUUAGCCAGCAAGUGAAUGGUUUUAUUUUCUACACAUGGCAAGUGCUGUUUAUCUUUUGCUUGUUCCUUCUCUCCCCCACACUUUUUUUCUCUUUCUGUUCAAUGGGCAUGUCUUGGAAGUGUACCCAUAAUGCUCAGCCUAAUAAGCUAACUGAUUCUUGUAUGGGUCACAGUGUUAUCAGGUGAAGACAGUAUCACUCAGUAUCCAGUCUGUAUCAAGAUCAGCCAUCUCAGCUUCUCUGCCUUCCCACGAGUGUGUUAUCAACACGACUCCACUGUUGAGAAAAUGCCUGCGACAUGCUGGUACUUGACUCCCCUCCCUCAGUGUCUGCGUGUAACAUCUGCUUCCACUCUAGCACGCAUAACGCUACUGCUUUCAGGUGUUACAAAGGGAUAUAUACAGCAUUUUACAGCAUAUAUGCCGUAUUGAAAUGCCAAAUGCUGCCUUAUUUUUGUUUUAUUUUUACAUUAAGAAUUCAGCACCUCAUUUUACUUGUCCAGGCAGGUUUUAAAAAAAAAAGCCAUCUGUUCACUGAGCUUUUUUUAUACUUCUUUUCAUGCUUUGUUGUGAUAUAUAUUUUAUUGUUUAGAUCACUGCACAAAAAUAAAAACUGUAUGCAUAACAAUAGAAAAUGAGCAGUGAUUUCCUGUGAAAUGCCAAAUAAAAAAAGCCUUGGAACUUAAUCUAGCAGAUUGAUACACCAUAAAGAAUUCUGAUAUGAUGCCACUUUUAACAGCAUUUGUGGAUGUCCUUGCACUACUUAAUCAUCAGAACAUAACUCUGCUGUACCUGUCUAUUGAUAUCGGUAUAGUUAGAUCUACUUUACACCGUACUGCACUUUCUAAUUGCUCUGUGAUUUAAGCACUUGGCCUACGUUGACACCACAAACUUGAUUUUUCUAGUGAGCUUGAAGCAUACAAAAACAUCCCAAACUGUCUUGUCAUCUCAGUUCUGCUGUGCGAUCGCAAUAUCAAAUGCAUAGAUGACUGUAGAGACAUAUUAAAUGUGACUCUGCACUUACGAAGAAUAAACGUCCUCCUCCAUGUCUUCCAUUUUAAAAGUUUUUAUUUAAGUUUAAAUUGAUUUAUAUUUUGUCCUUGAUUGUGUAGCUGGUGGAAUGUGCUUAAGGUAGUGUGCAAGAUUGGAAAGUUUACAAUUCGUGAUGCAAUUCUGUUUCACAAAUUUUGUAUAUUUAAUAAAGAAUAUUUUGUGUUUCUUGCUCACCGUA